GGUUUUUGAAAAUCCGCUGAUUGGCGGAGCAGCUGGAGACGCAACGUUCAAACUGCACAGACGGUAACAAGGAUAAAAGCGACGAACGACAAUGUUUAGACAGGCGAAGGGUAGAACCCCCCGCAGGCCUCCUAAAAAGUCUCCCAAUAACCACAAGGACACAGUUGGUGUGUAUUGUCGUGUGCGUCCUCUGGGGGAUAAAGAUGAGGAGUGCUGUAUUGAUGUUAUUAGCAACACUACUAUUCAGCUGCACGCACCUGAAGGAUUUAAAACUAAUCGCAAUGGAGAAUACAAAGAGACACAGUAUUCCUUCAAAAAAGUCUAUGGAGUUGCAACAUCUCAGAUGGAGCUGUUUGAUGAUAUUGCUGUUCCUCUUGUUGAUGACCUCAUCCAUGGAAAAAAUGGCCUUCUUUUCACAUAUGGAGUUACAGGGAGUGGAAAGACGUUUACCAUGACUGGUUCUCCAGGCCAGGGUGGACUUUUACCUCGUUCCCUUGAAAUGAUCUUCAACAGCAUAGGCCCAUAUCAGGCUAAAAGAUAUGUUUUCAAGCCAGAUGAUAAAAAUGGGAUGGAAGUCCAGAGUGAAGUUGAUGCUUUAUUGGAGCGCCAAAGGCGAGAAAACACCUUGAUUGUUCCUAAAACUCCCUCUUCCAGGCAAAAGCUUGAUCCUGAAUUUGCUGACAUGUUUAAGUCAAAUGAGGCCUGUAAAGCAGAAGGUGUGGAUGAGGACAGCAGCUACAGUGUCUUUGUUUCCUACAUAGAGAUCUACAACAACUACAUCUAUGAUCUCCUUGAGGAAAUCCAGGAUGACCUAAUAAAACCAAAGUGGAAUGGUGGAGGCACACCUGUGCGCCAGAACACUGAGUUCAUACCACCUCAAUCAAAAAUUCUCAGAGAGGAUCAGAACCACAACAUGUAUGUGGCUGGCUGUGUGGAGAUUGAAGUUAAGUCUGCUGAGGAGGCCUUUCAGAUAUUCUGGAGAGGCCAGAAGAAGAGGAAAGUUGCCAAUACUCGACUUAACCGAGAGUCCAGCCGUUCUCACGGUGUUUUCAUUGUUAAACUGGCUCAGGCACCACUUGAUGCAGAUGGAGACAACAUUCUUCAGGACAAGAACCAGGUAACUGUUAGUCAGCUUUGCUUGGUGGACCUGGCGGGGAGUGAGCGCACUGGCAGGACAGGGGCUGAGGGAACCCGUAUACGUGAAGCAGGUAACAUCAAUCAGUCAUUACUGAAUCUACGGACUUGCAUUGAAAUUCUGAGAGAGAACCAGAUGUGUGGAACAAACAGGAUGGUCCCUUACAGAGAUUCUAAAGUGACCCAUUUGUUUAAGAACUACUUUGAUGGCGAGGGCAAAGUCAGAAUGGUGGUCUGUGUCAAUCCCAAGGCUGAUGACUAUGAGGAAACUUUAUUGGUGAUGCGCUUUGCAGAAAUGACCCAGGAAGUGGAGGUGGCUCGGCCAAUAGACAGACCCAUCUGUGGCUUCACUCCAGGUCGUCGUCACAGAAAUCAGGCCUUUAAAGAGGAACUGUGCCGCAAGUUACAAGAGCAUGGUGGGCCAAUAGACAGAGAUGUGGCCUAUGUUAUGAGCCACCUGGUACACAGCCUGCCCCCCUUACCCUCCUGUGAGCUGACUGACCCCAGUGAUGACAUCACCCUGCCCAGACUGAUUGAAUGUCUGCAGGAGAGACAGAGGGUGUGGCAGAUAAUGAUUGAGGAGUGCCACAAAACAGCCAACACAAUGAAGUCUGUGCUUCAGGAAUUGGACUGCAACUUUGUGUCCAAAGACAAUGUUAUUCAGGAACAAAAUGCCAGGUUGUUAGAAAAGGACAGCAUCAUCGAAAGUAACAAGUCUGAGAUUGAGCGCUUAGAGAAAAAAGCGAAGAUGCAAGAACACAAGAUUGAGAUGUUACAAAAAGCUACAAAUAUCUACGAGGAAGACAAGCGUUCACUGCAGCAGGAGCUGGAAAGCAGAGAGCAGAGGUUGCAGAGGGAGUUAUCUGAGAAGAGGCGCAUGGAGCAGCGUAUGCACGGCAUGGUUACAGACACCCAGCUCAAGUGGAAGAGAGAAUGUGAGAGACGUGUUAAUGAAAUGCAGCUGGAGAUGCAAAACAAACUGUGGAUGAAAGAUGAGAAGCUGAAGCAGCUCAAGGCCAUUGUCACUGAAAGUAAAACAUCGGUUCGUCCCGAACCUCCACCACGCCAAACACAGCCUCAGCGGCCCUCCCGAGAGGAACACACUCCUGCAAAGCGAUCGGCCUCGCCCUCUCCUCUUCCUACUACGACCCCAGUGCGGCCACUGCAUCGCCGUUCCCGCUCAGCUGGUGGGGAGAAGUGGGUAGACCACAAGCCCUCUUCAAGCUUGGAUUUGGGUACAGUUUUGCAGCCUGUCAUCCCAAAUUCCAUCCAGGUGUCUGCUCCUAAUGAGAAAGUCCUGUCCAAGUGUGACAAAUAUAUGUUAACACACCAGGAGCUAGCCUCUGAUGGUGAAAUAGAGACCAAAAUUAUUAAGGGUGAGGUACUUAAAACUCGAGGAGGUGGUCAGGCUGUCCAGUUCACUGACAUAGAGACAUUGAGACAAGAGCUUACCACCAUUCCAAGCCGCAAGAGGAAAUCCUCGGAAACCCCCACCGAUGGUGUCCAAACAGAUGGUGCCGGGGUCAACAUUGAGGAGAGGUGCUCUUUGGCUUUGGAGAUGAAGGCUGGAUCAAAUAUGGGUCCUGGUUAUGAGCAUCAAGGAAUUAACAAGCGCAGAAAACCCUGAAAGCAGCUGCUGCGCUGAUCACUCCGCACCUCGCGGUUGUGCAAUAGUCUGUACUUUAUGUUCAGCACAAGUGAUAUUUAAGUUUUUUUUUCUUCACUUUUUGUUUUAAAUAUGCAAAAGUGUAUAUACAUGGGUCACCAAAGACUUUGUAAAAUAGUUAUUAUUGUUCCCAUAAAAACAUGUUAACUUGAUCCAGUAAAUAAUGGAUGCUGAGUCAGCGGUCUGACUGCUGACGUUAUUGUGUUUGCAUGUUUGUGACGUAGUUACACAACGUGAACUGCCACACAGAGUAACUUGAUAAGUGGAGACGUCAUGGUAUUUGGUUUUGUCAUCUGUAUGGUAUUGAGAUUCAAGUUGUUUGAAUAAUCUGUUGUUUUUGAUAUUUCUUUUUCUUUAUAUGUGACAUUUGCUUCUUUCACUCUUCAGCCUGCUUUCACUGGAAAUGCAGGAAUAAAAUCUUUUUGAAGCAA